GGGAAUCUCCGGCAGACGUUCCUGUCAAGCGCUUAUGGCACUGUCGCGCCCCGCGUGGCCUGCGGGGCCUGCCUGGCCUGUCUCCUCAGAACCGCGUCCUGAGGACCCGGCUGCGGCGUCCCCCAGCAGCAAGCGGCGGCGUCUGAAUGAGCCUGACGGCAUCUUUGAGGCCGGAUGGCCGCUGCUUGUGGUCCCUCGCUUGUCUGAGGUAGAAAAAGCCUGGGAGUGGUCGCUCAGACCCUUCACGGCGUUCCUCAUUCCAAAGAACCUGGGGAGCUUAGGCUGUGGGAGGCAGCCGUGUGACCUGGGAUGUCACGACCGAACAUUCCAGACGCACAGCUGCUGGCAGUCUGGAAUCUUUAGAAGAGCAGGUUGUUCGAGGGCUCCAAGAAGGUCUUGUGAAGCAGGACUGCGGGGCAGGGAGGCUCAGGGUGUGCGCCUUGGUGGCCAAGCAGAAGUGAGUCACGCUCCAUCCAAUGCCCCCAUGCCCUAUGGCCAAGGAGUCAAACGGGUGCCUGAAGAACUUCCUGAGAAGGAAACUGUUCUGAAAGAAAAGAAUUCUGUGAGACAGCCAGGAGAUGCAUGUCUAGGUGUAACAUUUUCUGAGGAAACUAAGUCAUCAUCACAUGAAAGUAAGGACAGAUGUAAAGCUGACAGUGUUAUAACCUCAGAGAAAAAAGAAAAUGUUUCAUCAUGUACACUAAAAAUAUCAAAAUUUCAAAACCAGGCCUGCUUGGAAACUGCCAAACUCAGCUAUUUUAGAGAUAGCAUCACAAAAAAUUUCCCAGAGUUUCUAAGGGAUUUAAAUAGCAACAUGUCCUUUGUCUAUUUAAAGGAAAUAGCAAAGGAAAAGAAUGACAAAAUUGUGGCAUAUGUUAGGGAUUUCACAAACAUUUUCUUAUUCCAAAAUAGACCUGAUGCUAAGAAACAAAAGUUACAGGAUGAUAAAAAAAAUUUAUCUGUGGAAAUUGAUUUUUCUGACUAUUCUGAAAGUAACCACCAGUCACUCAUCAUUGAAGGGAAAAUAGACUUCAUCAAUUUAAACUACUAUCGGCACAGUAGUGCCGAGUGUGAUGUAAGGGACUCUAAAAAGAAUUUCACUCUAACACUAGAAGAUGCAAAUUGGGAGGGAACAGAAAGGAAUCAAGACUAUUACAUACCUACCAGACAAGAAUCUCAAAGCUUGGACUAUAAUAGAUCUAGUGUGAAAAUAAAAAAGCAAAAUUGUUGGACAAUGAAAAAAAUUAGGAUUACUUGUGAGAAUAUGAGUAAACAUAGAGAACAUUUGAAUUUGGCAAGGUUACUACUGACAGACCUUUUACACAAAGGAGAUUAUCCCAGUGUGGAAGUCAGGGAUGUAAGGAUAGGAACUCUGGGUUCUUCCCCCAAUUUAAUAAUUGUUUUAAUGAUAAAGGUUGUUUGGUUUAAUGAUAAAGGUGAAAAUGUCAAUGUGCUACAGCUGGGAUAUUAUACUAUACAAAAAUACAUUUCAGCAAAUAAAGAAGAUAGUACUUUAAUCUGCCAUAAAAUUUCAACAUGUAUAAAGCAGAUUGAUAUUCAAAAGAGUGGCAUUUUGAGCAAAUAUUCACAAGAUAGUAUUUCAGAAUUCUUAAAUAUGAUUCUGAAAACCAAUAUAGUUACUUUGCUCGAUAACUUUGAUUCUUUCAUAAGAAAUGGAGAUGAUGGGGAAUCAGAAUCAGGCAUUUUCAAAUAUAUAGUAAAUUUGAAUUAUUUGAAAAAUAUAAAGGAUAGACAUAUUGUGUAUCUAACAAAGAUGUUAACUUCUUCAAGACUAUUAGAACAUAAUACAAAAUCUACAGCAAAGAAAAGGAAGCUAUUUAAAAUGGAACACAUUCUUCAAUGGGCUAAGAAGCAAAAUAUCAAUUCUAUUACUACGACAACUAAAAGUUUUCUAAUUUACAAACUAUGUGAAAUUGUUUCCCUUUUAAUGGAUUUUAAUAACAUGGAAGAACUUUCUUUGACAAAAGAACCUAGAUAUGAGAAUACAAGAUGCGCCGAACAACUCCUAAAUAUGGAAAAUUUGGAUUAUUAUAGUUUUGGUAUUGGCGACACACAUGUGAAGUCUGAUCCUCUAUUUACACAGAAUAACUGUGGACAUAUUAAUGAAAAAUAUUAUGAAAGUAGUAUGUACAAUCAAGAUUUAGAUACUGAAAGAAAAUGGAAGCAUAAGCUUUUUAAGUUUAUAUUUGAAGAUGCCUUGAGUGUUAGACAACUGUGCACAUUGUUAAGCCAAAAUAUAUCACACAGUGACCUGAUUAGUGCUAUGGCGAUAACUCUGAAGAUCAGCUUGGAGAAUUUGUUAAGUGAAAUAGAAGAGAAAAUAUAUGAUUUUGUUUUGAAGAAAGAAAUGAAGGUCCCAAAAGGUUCAAAUAGUUGUCAAGCUCAUAAAGCUGUUGACACUGAGAAGGAGGAGAGUUUCCCCACAGUGGACAGAAUGUCUUCAGUGCAGUCAACUUCGAUACUGAGAAAGAGAAUCAAUGUGGAAGAAACUAAAUCUGUUAAUCAAAAUAAUAGAACUAGCACAAAAGAGGAUGGAGGUAUUUUGCAGGAAAGUGAGUUAGCUAAUUCAAAGCAUUUUCAUCCAAAGAAUGAGUCUGCAUUGAAUGCUAAUCAUCAAUUUGAAAGUGAUUCAAGUAAGGAGAACAAUGAGUGUUUUCAGGGCUUAACUGCUAAAUGUUUAUCAACAGAAACUCUGCCAGGAGUAAAAGACUUUGAGAUGAAGAGUGAAUUUGAUUUAGUACUUGAAGAACUUCGCAUGUUUCAUGAAAUUAGUAAGGAAAAUGAAAUUCCAAGUACCAUGGAAACAAACAAUAGGAAAGAAAAUUACUCUGGAGAAAGUAAUGAUAAUAAGGAGGCAAGAAUGGAGAUAGGAAAAAAACUGGAAAUGGCUGAAACCAACACAAGAGUUGCACCUUUUUUGUCCAGUGAUGUGCAAGCAGGCCUCAACAAACAUAAAGGGUACCAAAGUUUAUUUAAUUGGAAAACAAUAUCUACUCAUGGAGGACAGGCAGUCCCCAAUGAAUGUUGGCCAAGAUCAGAGGAAGGAUUACUCCAUUCUACUCCUGAGGAAGAUCAUAAGAAACCUUUACCUAAAAGCCCUACUUUUUUGCCUGAUGAAUGUAAAAAUGAAACUUUAUUGAAGGGAGGAAGUCAUUUUUCGAAUGGGAUUUCCAGAGUUCAGCCUCUUAAGACAUGCAGCCGUCCGAUUAGGGUUGGCUUGUCAAGAAGAGCUAGGCUGAAACAGCUUCAUCCUUAUCUGAAAUGAAUGAGUUGUAAGGACGUUCAAGAAGCUUCUGGACUUUAACAGUUCAGCAUGUUUAGGAAUGAUUUAUUUUUUGCUUUGUAUAAGUGUUUUCCUUCGGUUUGCAGAUUUUGUGCCUUUCUUUAAAGUGUAGAGACGUUCUUUUGUG